AAUUUGCAAUUUUAAUAAGUGGCGUCCAAAUCGUAGUAGUCCAAAUCACGUCCAAAUGGUCCAAAUCUGCGCUCUAUACGGUGGCGCCCUCUGCAUGCGGCGAAAGCGAUUUUGGAAGCCGGAAACUGUCGGGUUUUGUUUUCGACAUCACCAGCGGCGGUAGAUUUGGCUUGCCUGUUUGCGAAUUUUCGCCGUUUGUGUCUCAGUUCUUCUUUGCACAUUUUUUGUUUGGCCUGCUGUGUCGUUCCCCUCGUGUUUGAAAUGAGCAGCGGUCCCGACAAACCAUUCGCGGCGCUGAAAGAAGUGGCCGCUCGCCUGGACGUUGAGAUUCCCAACGCCGCCAACUCUCUCGAGGGUCCUCGAACCAGUGCUGCCUGUACGAGUGCCAGGAAGGUUUCCGAAAUGGCAACACUUCUUGAGGCCGAGGUAAAGCUAAUUGAACUCAGGCUCGAAAAGGUUGUGAAGGAGAAAUUAGCCUCAAUUCAAGAACUUACAGAGUGCUUGAAACAGACAGACCGCGACAACAAAGAUACAUUGCAGAAGCUUAUACCACUUGGUUUCAAGGUGCCUGAUCACCUCUUGCCUGCCUUGCAGAACCUCUCUCUGGCAAGUGAUCAAUUCGCAGCCAAAGAAGCAGCUGAUGACACACUGGAAGAUUCGGCAUGCUCUCUAUCACAUAUUGUGACAAACUUGGAGCCUGCAUUCAGCAAAGCAGCUGGUGGAUCAUCACAGCUCCACAAGCCAAGUCAAGUGCCUUCACAUUUGUCUAGGUCACUACAGCGAACUUUAAACUCUAAGCCUGCGAGCCGGACUCCACCUCGUUGCUUCCGGGGCAGCUCCAACUUGAACAGGUACCUCGAAGAGAUUGAAGACGAGGAUACGGUAACUGCUAUGAACUACAAGCGGCCAGCUUCUCAGACAGCCGCCAAGCCAGCAGUGCAUUCUGGGACACCUGAUAGGGAAUCUGCAGCACCUAUGCACAAGAGGAUUGAAUUUGAAUCACUGAAGCAGUCGUUGCUAGCCGACACCUUCACUUGUGGAAUGCAGCCUCUUCCAAGGACACCUGAGUUUACAAGGAGCACACUUGGACAGUCCAAGGAGAGCUGCCUGCCAACCCCACAGGCGCCUGACUAUGAGGGGCUUUUACUUGAGUUGAAGGAACGCAGAACCGUGACAGCAAAGACGCCUGAGCUUACAGACUUCCUGCCGCCAGCACUGAAGGAGAACGUGCCAUGAUGAAAGCUGUUGAUGCUCUUGCCAAGUCCAGUACCAGUUUUUAAUUAAGUUCUUUUUUAUAUAUUUUAGCUACCAAAAUAAAGUUUUAUACAGUUGGUUUUAAA